CGUCUCGGAAAUAAGAAUUAAAAAGAAUCCACGAGAGGAUCGUCGGACCGAACGAAAAAUUGCCGGCUAAUGCACACGCUUCGAACAGAGAACGGUCUGCCCGGUCUGACGUCGAUGCUCUCGUUGCUUUUUUCGUAGUACAAUCGCCGACCAGCUCGUGCAACUAUAUAAACGUGAUUUGAAGCCCGCUUAGAUGCACCACUCGGACCUCCACCGUAGGUUCCGCAGGAUCUACCGCAUCUUUGGCUUCGUUUACGUUUAUCGUGUCGCGUCGCGUGAUCGUAAUACUUGACGGGAAUUCGGUGCGAGGCUUGUUGUCGGCUUGAAAUUCGAGGAGGAUAACUCGACAACGAAAACCAUGGAUUGGUUCGAGAACGGCACAGGGCACGGGGUACGCCGUCGUUUGGCCCUGUGUCUAUUGAUCGUCUGCGUGCUUUCCACCGCGACGUCCGCGGACACGAACGACACCAAGGAUGUUUGGAGCGGAUUCUCAACGGGAUGUUCGAGCACGGAUGCCAAGAAUCUGUCCGUGUCCUGUUACGGUGUCAGGAUCGUCAGGAAGAUCGUCCAACAGCUGUUGGAGAAAUCCAGCAAGGAGCCGAACAUCGAGAUAUUCGACGGUGUCAGCCUGGUCGAGGUACCUGGUUCCGGACCGGCCAGAAAGGGAAGGCUGAUGAAGGGAUUCGGUAACAUGGGCACGUUGGUACAGUUCCUGGAGGGAAGGGAGCUGAGAAUAAAGCUGCCCAGCAUCUUGCCGCAGAACAUCGAGAGCGCUCUUCAAGAGAGCCUGCCGGAGUACAUCGAACUGAGGAAGUUUAUUUUGUUUUCAGGAAGAGGAGGAGGCGGCGGUGGCGGCGGAUUCGGGGGCGGUGGCGGCGGAAAGAAGGGCGGCGGAGGUGGUUACAUGAUCUUGGCGCUGAUGAUGGGAAAAAUGAUGGCGGCUCUGGGAUUCGGUGCUCUCGGUCUGCUAGCCAUGAAAGCGUUAAUGGUUUCCGCGCUGGCGUUGAUGCUGUCGUUGAUAGUCGCCGUGAAGAAGUUGGCCAGCGGCCAUGACAGCGGCGGUGGCCACCACGUGGUGUACGCGCAGGACGUGGGUCAUCACCACUACCGCAAGAAGAGAUCUCUCGGGGAGGAGGACCACGAUCUACCGUACAGAGGAUACGCUCACCUGUUCGCCGAUUCACGAGUGCUCUGAUGCGAUCGACGCGCGGAUCAUCUCGAAGAAAAUUCGAUGAUCCUCGGACGAUGGACUGACGCCGUUCGAACGACAGUGACGAUGACAUUAGUUGAGACUUAGUGACCGGGACUGACGAACGAAAGUGACGAUUUGAAAAUUUCUUGCCGCGCGUGACACGCGUUUGAUGACGGGACGAACGGUGGACGAGACGGACGCUGAGGAAACCAAAGUACACGUACAACCAUGUUAUUUAUUACACCAUCCUCUACCAUACUCAUCUUACCCUCUCUUUUGUACCAUUUAUUUAUUUGCGCAAUCGAAUAAAAUUAUACGAAUAAUCAACGAUCAGAAAAUAUCUCGAAGCGUUGAAUUUAUUGCCACCAGAGGGGGAAUAUCGGUUGUUAUCGAGAACGAUGGACCCGAACGGAUCCGGAUGUUUAGGAAAACCGAAACGAGAGAGGAUCGAAGGAGGAAAAGUGUGCCAACCAGUCAGCGUGCGUUGCAUAUUUCUUAGGUGUUCGCGAUUUCAAACUCUCCCCGUAUAUUUCCUAAUCGAACGGAUUAACAAGCAUAAAGCGACAUGAAACUGCAGC